AAAAAACCAUGCAACAAGGAAACUACAUAUAUGUUAGUCCAUUCUUUACGUCAAUUCUCUUUAAAGCAAACUCUUCGCUCCUCAAUUUCUAUUUUACUCUGCCUAAACACUUCCCCUCUUCAGUCACCAUCAGAUCAAACAUGCUGAAAACAACCACAACGGCGACCUUUCUCUGUUUCGUUCUCGCCACCGUGGUUCUGAUGAACCCAACUUCCUCCACCGCCACAUACAGCCCAACUUCCUCCGCCUCCACAGACACGUUCAUAUUCGCAAAGUGUUCUCCGGAAAAGUUCUCUCCUGGCUCAGCCUACGAGACCAACCUCAACUCCCUCCUCUCUUCCCUCGUUAGCUCCACCGUCGCCAGCCGCUACAAUAACCUCACCGUUCCCUCCGGCACCGGAACAAAAUCCGAACCGGCCGUUGUAUAUGGUCUUUUCCAGUGCAGCGUUGACCUAGACGCAACUUCUUGCUCAUCGUGCGUAUCACGUGCCACAGCACUGGUCGGAAACACAUGUCCCAACUCGUACUCAGUGUUCUUGGAGAUGCAAAGUUGUCUGGUCCGGUUCGACAAGAGCUCGUUCUUUGGCGUUCAGGACAAAACAGAGAUGCUCAAGAAAUGUGGACAGCCGAUGGGAAAUAACGACCAGGAUGCGUUGACCAGAGUCAGUGACGUCAUGGGUUCGUUAAGUUCAGGGAGUGGAUCUGACAGGUCUGGAGGGAACGGGGAUGUUCGGGGUAUGGCUCAGUGCAUGGGUGAUCUAAGUCCAGCACAGUGUCAGGAUUGCUUGACUGAUGCAAUCGGACGGCUCAGUUCUGACUGUGGUAUGUCCCAGGGAGGAUACGUUUACUUGUCCAAGUGCUACGCGCGUUUUAGCUACGGUGGUAGUCACGCUCGUCAGACGCCAAACUCAAACUUUGCAGGAGGAGAUAAAGACGAUAAAAAUAAUGACGGCAUCGGGAAAACAUUGGCGAUAAUUAUUGGGAUUAUCACCUUAGUCAUCUUGCUCGUUGUGUUUCUCGCUUUUCUUGGAAAGCAAUUGAGAAAAUUACAAGACGAGAAAUGUUGUAAAUGAAAAGUCAACGUGGGAAAGAGGUCAAUCAACCACGAGUCAAGCCAUGCAAUGCUAGUUGUAUUUUGGUAAUUAAAAAAUUUGUGACUGGAUGCCUCACAAGAUGUAGUUAUAUAGUAUUUCAACGAUUGUAUUUUGUACUUGAUUUUUGUAUUAUCAUCGGACUUUAGCCAGAAAACAUAUACUAAUGGAUAAUACUCCCUUCGUUUCA